UCAAUAAGCAAUUUGAAUGAUCAAAAUUCAUAGUUAUAGUUAUUCGAUUUUAUUUUUCUAGAUGUCUUACGUCGAUAGAUGUUUUUUUUGCUGUAAGCAAAUAAUAAAUAAGCUAUAAUUGGUUUAACAAUGAAGCGACUUUUAAUUUUUUUUCAUAAACAAUUGUUAUUAAUACUGUGAAAGCGAAUUAAAAAUUCGUGUAAGGUAAUAUUCAGUCAAUCGAAGGAACUGAACAAAUAUAUUCAUCUGAACAUUCGUUUGAAGUGGAACACAUGUGAAAAUUAGGAACAUCAUAAUCAACAAUUGAGAAAAUCGAAUGAAAUUAAACCGCCCAGACAUCUGCAGUAUAAAGAACUUGAAAAGAAAUUGUUGCAGUUAUAAAUGACUAGAUGGACUGCUAUAGAAAUGGACGCCCGAGAUGGAUGUCCGUAAAAGAAACACCAUUGUAAACUGUCCGACUGAUACGACGAUGUUGAACAUUGUAGAAAACGAACAUCAACAAACAAACGGCGGCGUGGUGACCAACGGCGGCACAGUGACCGCGACCACGUUAACAGGUUUAAACGGCAGCACGGCAAUGAUAGCCAGGGAGUGCGCCAACUGCGGCAAACGCAUCACCGAACGGUUCUUGCUCAAGGCUUUGGACUUAUUCUGGCACGAGGACUGUCUCAAAUGUGGCUGCUGCGACUGUCGCUUAGGCGAAGUUGGAUCCACGUUGUACACCAAAGCCAACCUGAUACUCUGCAAAAGGGACUACCUUAGGUUAUUCGGAGCGACCGGCAAUUGCGCGGCGUGCAACAAGGUAAUACCGGCGUUCGAGAUGGUGAUGAGGGCCAAAAACAACGUCUACCACUUAGAGUGUUUCGCGUGUCAACAGUGUAAUCAUAGGUUUUGCGUGGGCGAUCGUUUUUAUCUGUGCGAGAACAAGAUCCUGUGCGAAUACGACUACGAGGAACGAUUGGUGUUCGCGAACAUGGCCACGUACAACUCGUCCAGUCUGGCGCACAUAAGAAGGCAAGUCAGUAGAUUACAGCAGCCAGCGGCAAACGAACACGCCCACGCAACAGCAGCAACAGCAGGAGACGUUGUAGGACCGACCGACGAGGUGGACCGGUGCAGAGCCACCUCGGUCGAGCAACAGCAACGGCGACCACUACCAUCAUACGACACAGCCGUCAUCGGUUACGGCGGCGCAACAGCACCACCAGCAUCAGGUCAGCAGCAGCAACAACAACAACAGCAGCAGCAGCAACAUCAUGUACAGCAACACCAACAAAUGCAACAGCACCACCAGUUCCUGUCUGCAACAGCCGGUGCUACAGUGCUGUCUGCACAUCAAUCAACGGUCGUCAUGGGUGGCGGAGGAGUCGGUGGAGGAGGAGCUGGAGGCGGAAGUGGACGAGUCGACGACGGAUCGAGCGGUUACGGCAGUCCGGACUCUGAGACCGGCAUCGAACCGUCCACUGCAGCCGCCGCUGCCGCUGCUGCCGCAAACAUCGGUGGUGCUAUCAUCGCGUCCUCGGCCGCCGCGGCACCGCCGGUACAAUAAUCGUCAUGCCACUGUUACGCCACUGAUUCCAACCGCGGUAUACACAUACGGGCCUCGGUAACCUCGAUACCCUCCACCGCUGCAAAACGCGACAUUAUCGUUCUUACACCUACACGUCGUCUCGUGCGUCAUUUGCAGAGUAACAGACGCCUCUUACGAGGACCGCGGAAAAAGUCUGUCUAAAAUUGUGUGUUGUCCAUCUUUUCGCGCCCGACGAUGACCGAAAUCAGUUGCUAACAUUGUUUCGUCAUCGCGUUAUGCCCCCACAUACGAUAAUAUUACAAUAAUUAUUGUUGGUACUUGGUACCUAUUACCUAUACCUAUAAUGUUUAAUAAUACAUAAUGUUAUUGUAUGAUUAUUGUCGAUGAUUCGUACGUCGUAUCGUUCUAGUCUUAAACGAUGCCAAAUUUACACACACACACAUACACACACACAUAUAUAUAUAAAUAUACUAUAUACCUAUUGAGUAUAUUAUAAUAUUAUGGAUGUUGAUUUUUUUUUUUUCAUUUAAUUUUGUUUUUUGUUUUGUUAUUAUUAUUAUUAUUAUUACUAUUAUUAUUAUUAAUUAUUGAUUAUAUUAUAUAGGUAUACUUAAUGAAAAAAAGCAAAUGUAGUUACAACGAAUCAGGCACACCGCGCACACGUGAAAAUAAUAGGAGUUCGGUAUGAAAUAUUAUAAAAGUUCAAUUGUCACCAAUACAAUAUAUAUUAUAUUCUAUAAUAUCACGGUCACACAUCCGAGUGGCAUAACGCUGUUCAUUUCCGUGUUAUAUAUAAUCCGUUAAAUCCUGUAAAUCAUUUUAAAAACAAUUCAAAUCGUUUUAAAAUAACAUUUGUCGUGGUUGAUUUUUCGAACUAAAAUAUCGUUCUCUCUUUUUCGGUUGUCUAUAUUAUAAUAAUUAUUAUAUACCUACGAAUACUUUCCCUCGAAUACAAUAUUUAACAAAUCACGCGUUUUGUACAUAACAUAAUACAUUUAAUUAAAUAGGUAUAUAACGUCGACCGACAUUAAAGUUUAAUAUUAUAAUAUCUUAAAAAUACGAAACAAAAUAAUAACCAUGUACAUUUUCAAAUGCUCAAAUUAUAACAAUACGCCCACGGGCAGAGACGGUUUUAUUAUUUUUCAUUGUUAUUAAAUAUACUAAUUUAUAAUACAUAAUACGAGUAUUCGAGCUGUAUUUGAGGGAUUAUUGUUAAUGUAAAUUAUUAUUAUUUAUUUAUUAUAAAUGGAUAAAUAUCGUGACCCGUUGAUGUUUUUUUUUUUUUGAAAUGAUUAAAUAAGCGUUUAUACCAUUUCCUAAUGAGAUUUUUGUGGCAGACCUCCUCUAUCCCUGCCCUCUACGAAUCGUGUACAGUACCGAUUUAGGUAGUAUAUAUAUUAUAUGUAUAUAUAAUAUAUAUACAUAUAUUAAUAAAUAUGAUUACUAUUUUGUGUAUAAACGUUUUAUUGGACUAGUAUGUUUUAGUUGUUUUUUUUUUAAUUUUUUAAUGUAUUAAGUUAUUACACCUAAUUUUUAAUUGGUACUUGUUGUUUAGUAUACAAAAUAUUACGGUUUCCUGACGAAAAAAAAUUUAAAUUUCAUUACUAAAAAGCGUCCAUUUACCUACUAAACGUUAUAAAAAACAAAAAUAUAUACAAUGAGAUGUUUUGAUUUGUUGAUAUCAUACUUAAUCAAUUCUCUUUUGCUGCAGUUUACAGCUUAUUAAUAUUUUAAAUGUAACAUAUCCGUUCAGAAGUUGUAUACGAUUGUUGGGAUAAAAUAAAAUCUGAUCUCAGAAA